UUAUUACUUCUAGUCACCUGUUUGUCAUCUGGCAUUCAUCUAUUUGUGAUGUCACCUCCAAGGCGUCCGACGCAAUCGAUGAGUGACGAGUUCUGGCGAGAGAUUGGGACUCCACUUGAGAGUAUCUAUGCUCUUCGCGAGACAGCUUCAAAUCUGAUCACGACUAGUUUUUACAACAAGCUAAGAAUGAGUGCUUACAGCUUUUGCCGUACUUCUCCUCCAUACAGUGCUACUACCACAAGACCUAUUAGCACUUCUUUAUUUGGACAUGGCAGGAACAGCGACCACCCAGUUCCGGAUCUCUACUUGAAUUUGGACAAUUUUCUGACCAACUUCACGAGGCACAUUUUUGAGGAUCUGUCGUACCGUUGGGGUGAGAAUUUGCUUCGUGAGUAUUCGAAAGGCUGGACGGCAUACAAGAAAAGUUCAGAAGACGUUGCAAAGAUUUUUGAUGAUCUUAGCACUAGUUUGUCUUCUUCUUUCUUUAUGGGAUACUAUAAAAUGGCUCUCCAAGUUUGGGAGAGAGAGAUUAUGCGAAAGACCUUCCGAAAAAUUACUACGGCUGCACUUUGUUACGUCGAUCGUGCACGUGAUGGACUUGAAUUCCAGAGGAAUUUGGUUAACGAUUUUGUUGUCUCGUUAGGUAAAAAUCAUUCAUUUAAAUUUGUACAUUUUCUUUUAGUUGCGGUCGGUACUCACGAAACCGGAGACUAUGACAUCGAGUUUGAAACGUACAAUGGUGUUGUCGAGGUCUUCAAAACACUUUCUACCGUCUGUCAUUAUCCACUUUACCGGGAAUUGUUUCUAAAACCGUUACUCCAUCAAACUUACCGGUACUACGUUGAUUGGUCAUCUAACUUCUUGAGAGACGGCGAGUUCUCUGAAUACUUGGAACUGGUGAAACUUCAUUUUCUUGAGGAGGAGAGUUUCUGCGGCGAGAAAGAUCCUUGUUUUGAUCUCUGCACCUUGGUACCGCUUUGUAUGGUCUGCGCUGACGCUCUUGUCAUGAGACAUAUUGAUAGAUUCUAUUCCGAGUUUGUGACAUUCCUCAACGAUCUGCAAAUAGAUAAAUUGCUGAUCAUUUAUGACUUAUGCAAUCGUAUUCCAUCAACCGUUGAUAGGUUGAAAGAACUGCUAGGAAAGUAUUUUGCACGUGUUGGUCUUAAAACUAUCAAUCAAAUUGCUGAUAAGGCCGAAAAAAGUCCUAAGCUAUUUGUUGGUACAAUAGUCCAGCUUCACGAUAACUUUAGCAAAUUAGUAAAGGACUCCUUUCGGACAAAUAACGAAUUUAUGACAACAAUGGAGGUAUCAUUCACUGAAUUUGUUGCCGAGAAUAACAUAACAAAUGGAGGAAAGACGGAGGCAAAAUCCUCUCGUUUGAUUGCCAGCUACUAUGAUCAACUAUUAAGGAAAGGUAUUGCAGCAGAGGAAAGGUUGUCUGGACUGGAAAAAGCUAUGAUUGCCUUUAAAUAUACCCGAGACAAGGACACGUUCAAUGACCAUUAUCAAAAACUUCUCUGCAAACGUCUAAUAUACCAUCUAAGCGUUGGCAUCGAGACAGAAAAGGAAAUAGUGUCCAAAUUACGGGAGAAAUUCCAAUGUCCGAGAGUCUUUGAAUCAAUGCUCAACGAAACACACAAGAGUGAGAUUGAGAUGGAAGACUUCAAGAAAGAGGACAACAAUUCUCUUCCAGUUCUAGACUUCUCUAUUAUCUUGCUUACUGAAAAAGUUUGGCCUUUUCCCAGCACUUCUAAUUUUUCCUUGCCUACUCAACUUAACGAUUAUGUCAAUGAUAAGCGCAAACUCAGUUGGAUUUACCAAGUCUCGCGUGGAGAAUUAUCUUCGUUAGAUGGAACAUUCAACAAGAAAUAUGUUUUUUUGUGUACAACACAGCAAAUUGCCAUUCUUAUGCUUUAUAACAAAUACGACUCUUGUAAACUUGACAAAAUUGCCGCUGCAAUUAAACUACCAAAUAACCAAAUAAUGUCACUGCUGCAAGUCUUAUGCAAAACUAAUUUGUUGAUCGAAAAGGAUUUGGGCAACUUUUGCCUUAAUAAUGAGUUUAAAAGUGAAAAUACAAUAAUAGACUUGAUUCGUGCAGUGGCUACUACUAACACAGGAACUCAAAGAAAGGGAGGAGAAGUGCAAAAACUCAAAAGGGACGUAUUUCGGGAGUCUGUCCUCGAAACGGUUAUUGUUCGGAUAAUGAAGGCCCGUAAGAAACUCAAACACAAUGAUUUGGUUUCUGAAGUUACAAGCCAGUUAAAUAGUCGAUUUGUUGUGAAAGCUCGGAUGAUCAAGAGUUCAAUUGAACAACUUAUCAAGGAGGAUUAUUUGAAGCGUAGCGACAAUGAUAAUAACCUCUAUGAGUAUGUCGAAGCAGUACCGGAAGACGAAGAAUAA